ACUGGCGUUUUGGAAAUGUGUUUGAAAACGAUAGUAUUUUGUUUAUUAGUGAUUUUGUUAGUGCUGGAGUUUGUUUGUUUUGUAGAAGCUCUGGAUGAUAACGGUGAAGGAGUAUGCGUUGUAAAGCUCAGUACUCGACAGCGACGAAAAAAGCCGUACAACGUAGCCAUAAACAAGUGGUGUGGACGGAAAAAGUGUGUCGUCAGGAAAUAUAGAUUUGAGACAUAUUUAACCUGGACGAACCACACGGUAUGCUGCAACGGCUGGCAACACGACGCUGAGCUUGACAAAUGCGCGCCAAUUUGCAGUACCGGCUGCCACGGGGGCCGCUGCGUCUCCCCGGAUCAGUGCCAGUGUGACUCCCCCAACUACAUCGACCCAGAGCGACCGAACACCUGCAUCACCCCUGUCUGCGAACCAACCUGCUUCAAUGCCGACUGCCGUGCCAACAACACUUGCAUCUGCAAAGAAGACUACACAUCCUACAACGCCACACAUUGCUUCAAAUGUGACCCAGGGUACACUGCAGAUGAGAACCUCAACUGUGUACCUAUAUGUGACAAUCCCUGCGUCAAUUCCACCUGCACCGCUCCUAAUACUUGCACCUGUUCCGAAGGCUACCGACAUAAGAACAACUCCAUUUGUGAACCGAUAUGCGAUUGUGUGAACGCGGACUGUAUCGGACCCAACCAGUGUUCUUGUCACAAAGGCUAUACGCCUGUCAAUAAAACGACAUGUGCUCCAAAGUGUAACAGCUGUUCUCAUGGUGACUGCGUCGCUCCAAAUAACUGUUCCUGUCAUAGCGGUUACGUUAAAAUCAAAGGUGUUUGUAAGCCAAAGUGUUCCGAAUGUGUCAAUGGAUUCUGCACUGCCCCUGGUGUAUGUACUUGCAAGAAUGGUUACGUGAAAAGUGACAGCAGUGCGAAUAUCUGUGUUGUGCCUUGUGACGAUAAGUGCAAAGGAUAUUGCGAGGACGGUGGAUGCGUUAAAUGGAACUGCUCUUCGACGCCGAUAAGGGGGCACAAAGUACCGAAAGGGCUGAAGAAGGCUGUUUGCUGCAACAACUACGAAUACGACAUGGACCUGGAUGAGUGUCUGCCGAUAUGCAGCAAUGGCUGUGAGAACGGCGAGUGCGUCGACGUGGACACGUGCGAGUGUAAGCCGCCGCUGGUGCUCGUCAACUACGCGUGCGUGCAGCCCGUCUGCUCAGGCUGCGAGCACGGCGACUGCGUGGCGCCCGGCGUGUGCAAGUGUCACGCCGGCUACGUCACGCAGAACGGCUCCUGCGCACCCGUCUGCAGCUCCGUCUGCGUCAACGGGCGCUGCGUUGCGCCCAACCGGUGCGAGUGCAGCCCCGGCCACGCGCCCGACCCCGGCGAUGCCUUCAAGUGCAACCCCAUCUGCGAAACCCCCUGCGUGAACGGCACCUGCGCGGCGCACAACAAGUGCAUCUGCAGCGUGGGAUACGAGCCUACAGGCAACAGUGCAGUCUGCAGGCCUACUUGCGCUGGCUGCGACCAUGGACAGUGCGUUGCGCCGAAUCAAUGCAUCUGCUCUAUUGGAUACGAACGUAUAAACUCGACCUGCAAGCCACAGUGCAGUUCUUGUAGCAACGGCGACUGUGUAGCACCCGGGAAGUGUGAAUGUCAUGAAGGAUACGAGCUUAAAGGGGAAGACUGUGCGCCAAUAUGUUCACCACCAUGCAACAAUGGACAAUGCCUCGCGCCUGAUAACUGUUCCUGUAACCCUGGUUACAAUCUGACAGCUACAGGCUGCGAGCCUGUCUGUUCCAAGCCUUGUGUUAAUGGGAAAUGUUCAGCACCUGACUUCUGCUCUUGUGACACCGACUAUAAGAAGGAUGACACUGAUCAGUAUACGUGCUACAAACCCUGUGACCCACCUUGCUUCAAUGGCACCUGCAGUUUGCAUGGGGAAUGCAAUUGUUUCGACGACUUCGAAUAUGACAAUGCUACGAACACUUGCGAACCUGUUAAACCGAUCGACUGUAACCUGUGCAACGGUAAGUGUGAAGACAAUAAAGAAGUGUGUCGGUGCGCCAACCACACGCUAUGUGUCGUGGCGAUCCUUCAGAUGCCCCCAGAAGCUGUGGCCUCGGACGUUAAGAUGGCCGGUAUGAACAUGAUGCUGAUGGCAAUAGGCGGCGCCUGCCUGCUGCUCCUCAUCCUGGUUGUCGUCGUGAUGCAGAGGAUCUGGCACAAGAGGAACGAUUAUGGGAAACCUACUAAUGAGAAUACGAAUUUAGACAGCGUGAUGUACACAGUGCCCCACACAUUAAUAACUCAGAGGAACAGCAGAGUGUCCGUCGACGAGACCUCCUGUUACGAAGGCGAAGAGGACGUGACGAAUACCGACACCUUACUACAGAGACCAGUAGACCUGCCUUAGUCCGUACCUGUACCAACGAUGUUUAGUUAAGACCAAUGUUUAGCUUGUAAGAGAUAAAAGAGUUAUUAUUAAAA